AUGGCCUCACCCACACUCCUAACUCCCACCUCUAAACUCAAAUCCCUCCCUCCAAUCAAGGCCACCAAAUCCACCACCACCGCCUCUACCACAACCACAAUCCCACAACCCCGCCGCCGUGAAUUCUUAUCUUUCGCGGCGGCGGCGGCAGCAAGUCUGUCGUCACCAGCAUGGCUCUUCCCACUGACACCAUCAGCACUUGCGGCUUCUGAUGAAGAGUACGUUAAGGAAACAGAGGAGGUGAUCAACAAGGUGAGAAACACCAUUAACAUGGACAGGAACGAUCCCAAUGUGGCUUCUGCUGUGGCUGAGCUCAGAGAGACAUCAAAUUCUUGGGUGGCUAAGUACAGGCGGGAGAAGACUCUGCUUAGCAGGGCCUCUUUCAGAGACAUGUAUUCGGCAAUCAAUGCAGUGUCAGGGCAUUAUGUUAGUUUUGGACCAACAGCUCCACUUCCGGCAAAGAGAAAGGCAAGGAUUUUGGAAGAGGUGGAAACUGCAGAGAAGGCCUUAUUAAGAGGCAGGUAA